AUGGUAUUCGCGCUCCUGUUCACUGUCGCCUAUCUUGUCGCCAUUUUCAUUUUGCGCGAUAACGGUAUGGGCUUCAGUGGUGAGGUUCUGGAGCUCCAGCAGAUGUUGAACCAAAUUCAAGUGACACUUGCGAUAGAGAUAGUCUACUAUCUCAUCAUCAAUGCCAUCAAAAUCUCGAUUUUGUUCUUCUACUUACGCAUCGCCGUCGAGAAAAGAUUCGAGUACCUUUGCAAAGGUACAAUCUACUUCCUAGUCACCUUCGGUGUCGUCUGCGUAAUUGUAUGUCUGGCACAAUGUGUUCCACUACAUAAGAUGUGGGACUUGGCCGGGCAGGUUUCAGGCCAAUGUAUCAACACGACAGCGUUCUUCUACACAACGAGCGCUGUAAAUAUCAUUGCCGAUAUCUGGAUUCUGCUUCUUCCUAUAAGUACACUGCUCAAAGUCCAGCGCCCGAGACGAGAGAAGUUCGCCCUUGUGAUCAUCUUCAGUCUCGGUGCAUUCAGCUGCAUUGCAUCGAUCGUACGCCUGUACUCAGUUGGUGUUUACACGGAAUCUAAGGAUCCUUUCUUCGACAGCGUUCCCAUCAACGUAUGGAGCAUGGUCGAAAUCAACGUGGGCAUCCUCUGUGCCUCUAUUCCCGCCACCAAAGCCCUCUUCAGCAAAGCGCAGAGACAUCGUACGCAUAAUGGCUCGUAUCAGUACCAUAGUCGUGAACGCAGCAUCAUGAAAAGCUAUGGCCAUGGUAGCGGGAAAAGCAAUAGCAACAACGGACAGGAGGGAACUGCUGGAGGCCCCACCGGGGCCGUUAUCCAGAAUGAGUCGUAUGAGCUGAAGGAUGUGGAAAGUGGGGAUCACCAACCGUUUGACGCGAGAAAGCAAAAUGGUGGCGGUGGGGCAUGGCGCGUUCCUGACUCGGAUGUGGACGAACAGCGCCUUGUAUGGCCCGAAAGCAGAGUUUAA